GGAGAUAAGGAGAUGAGGAACUCCGAAUUGUAGAUAUAUUUCACAGCCCGAGGUCCGAGAACCCCUCCCCGACGUUCGGACAAUCGACCCCACUCAGCGCCUUCUGCCCCGCCGGAUCCCCAGAAUUCUAACAACGUCAACGACGUCAAUCCUUCUAACAAACUCAGCUCCAUCUCUCGCACACAAUAUUUUUGUUUUGUAACUGUAUACUUCUACGCCCGACAGAAUAGCUUCAACUACAUCACCAAGAUGUCAAAAGACACCAUGAAAGCAGUCGUCUUCCACGGGAAGCUCGACGUUAGGGUGGAGGACCGACCUAUUCCCAAAAUCGUGGAUCCGACCGAUAUUAUUAUCAAAGUCACCUACUCAGCUUUGUGUGGAAGUGAACUCCAUGUGUUUCGCGGUCACCAACCUUCGAAGGGAGACUUCAUAAUGGGGCAUGAAACGACAGGUGAAGUGGUAGAGAUUGGCUCGUCGGUCAAGGUCCAUAAGGUUGGGGAUCGCGUCGUCAUGCCCUUUACGGUUUCUUGUGGAGAGUGCUUCUACUGCCAGCGUGGUUACUCGUCGCGGUGCGAGAAAUCCCUCCUCUUUGGUUGCCCACUCUUGGAUGGUGGCCAGGCAGAGUAUAUGCGUGUUCCGCUAGCAGAUGCGACCGCUGUGAAGACUCCUGAAGGCAUCGAUGAGAAGAAGUUGGUAUUGAUGGCGGAUAUCUUCCCAACUGGCUACUUCGCUGCCGCAAAUGCAUUCCGUGGAAUAGAUAAGGAUACAAUCCGCCAAAGUGUGGUGGUAUUGAUCGGUUGCGGACCGGUGGGGUUGUGCGCAUUGAUCAAUGCUUUGGAAUAUGAGCCCAAGGUGGUGAUCGCUGUUGAUAGAGUAGACAGUCGGUUGGCCUUGGCCAAGAAGUUGGGAGCUGAACCAUGGAAUGACCAGGCAGAUAAAGAAGGAUUGGUGAAGAGGGUCAAGGAGCUUACGAAUGGAAGAGGUGCCGAUACUGUUAUCGAGGGUGUAGGACAUGCAGAUGCGCUCAGAACGGCUUUCGAUCUGCUUAGGCCAUGGGGAAAUAUUUCCAGCUUCGGUGUUCACCAGGAGGAGAUUCCCUGGUCGGGUCCUGAGGGAUAUGGGAAGAAUCUGACGCUCCAGAUGGGUCGAUGCCCUGUCCGAAGCGUUUUCCCACAGGCUCUAGCAAUGCUGAAGAAGAAUCAAGACAAGCUUGACUUUAUGACUGAGAAUGUCAUGCCGAUAAGCAAAGCCGUCGAAGGAUAUGACCUAUUCAAUAAGAUGCAAGUGCAUAAGGUCAUCUUUGAUCCAAGCCAUUAGUGCUUGAUUUAUGUCAUAACGAAUAACUGUAUUGAAAUGCCUAUUCUAACCUGAAUGAAACUUAAUGGAGAAGACCAAUGCACCCAAGCUAAGGAUGCA